GAUCUCAUGAGACUUAUUCACUAUCAAAAGAACAGCACGAGAAAGACCUGCCCCCAUGAUUCAGUUACCUCCCACUGGGUCCCUCCCACAACACAUGGGAAUUCAAGGUGAGAUUUGGAUGUUGACAUAGCCAAACAAUAUCAGGGUACGAAAGACAACAUGGAAGAAUCCUUCCCUUCUUCUUGGGUGCUGUCUAUGCCAUAUGGCCUCUAAGGCCACAGCUGGGAUCAUGUCUCCCCCUAGACAGGGGCCAGAAAACAAAGCAUGCAUGGAGACAACCUCCAGCAAGGCAGGAGAAGAACCGCACCUUUCCUUCUAGACCCCUUCCGGUUGAGCCAGGGACUUCUCUUGCGUUGUGCAGGUAGUGCCCAGGGAAGUCAGGGAUGAUAUCAGAGAUGGCCAUGGGUGCUUAAAAAGAGGUCUGGGGACCAAAGCCAUGUCUCUCUGUUAAGCCUGGCUAUAAUCUUACUCCAAACACCCUUCCAGUCCUGUUUCCCAGUGCUUCACCCUCACCCUCACCCUCCCAUGUUCCCUUGCUGUUCCCAAAACAUGACCCAGAUUGUCCUACCCCUGAUCAUACUACACCUGAUGUCAAGAGUCCUCUCUGCACACCUGCUCCCAUCCCCAGUGAAUUCCAUCUUGCCCAUCUUUCAAGUUCUAAUUCAAAUGCUUCCCCCUCCAGGAAGCCAUCCUUGAUCCCAUUCAUGGAAGUGACUGCUGCCUUCUCAGGUUUAUUCCUAGUUUAUUCUUCUCAUGGGUAUUAGAUGGUCUCUACCUUGUAUAUGUCUGAGACUUAGGUCCCUUCUAGAUUGUAAGCUCCUUAAGGGGACAGCCCGAAUCUGGAUUGAUUGAUUCGUUCAUUCAUUCAGGUAUUUAUUAAGUUAUUUCCAUGGUUCAGGCACUGGCUGCAUUCAUGGAGCUUAAGAUCUAGGUGUCUUGCCUGCAUCCUCAACAUGGUACCUGGCACAGAGUGGACAGACACGCAGGCAAUGUAGACUCCCCUCUCCAUGGAGGAAUCACUCCUGUAACCUUCAUUUUUCAUCCAGCCAGGAGAUGAUGUAGGAUAAUGCAGAGAUUGCAGAUGGGUGGCCUGAAUCUAGCCCACAGAUGUAUUUGGUAUUGGCCAGCAUAGAGUUUUAAAUUUUUGAAUUAAUUGCAGACAUUUCAAAAAUGGGAGAUUUUAAAUAAAAAUAUGGAUUUCCUUCCUCUUUUGGAAAAUCAAUAGAUCUGGCCAAUUAGGCCCCACAAACUAUAGACUGAAACCUGCAAAGUGGCUUCCUUCCUUAGAAGGAGCAUUGCUUACCAACUUAUCAUAAUCCCCAUCACUCCCUAUUGUCUCCCUGAUGCUGAGACUGUGUAUUAAUUGCCAUUAAUCAUCACCCAGUUCUUCACUCAUUUAUGGUACCUGCAUGGUCCCUGUGGGCAUUUGGGUUUGGGACCUCUAUGUUAAAGGCUUUAGGUCCUAUGGAUUCUCAUCCCAGCCUCCUGUCUACCUUCUGUGUAAGCUUCUGGGCCUCAUCUGAAAAUUGGGAAUGGCUGUACCAACUUUGUAGGAUGAAGAGGACAAUUAAAUGAGUGCUACCAGAUGGGGCUGAUGUCCCGGUAUGUUGAGUCCUGGAGAGCAGGAGACACAGCUUUCUGGCGAGGACCUUUUGGAGAUUUCUUCUAUAAACCAAACCAGUAUGGUGAGCUCCUCAUGCUGGCUGCGGGCACGGGCCUGGCCCCCAUGGUGCCCAUCCUGCAGAGCAUCACAGACAAUGAGGAUGACGAGACUUUUGUCACUCUAGUCGGUUGCUUCAAGACCUUUGAGAGCAUCUACCUGAAAACCUUCCUCCAAGAGCAGGCCUGUUUCUGGAACGUCCGUACCUUCUUUGUACUCAGCCAGGAGAGCUCCUCAGAGCAGCUUCCCUGGAGUUACCAAGAGAAGACCCGCUUUGGCCGCCUGGGCCAGGACCUAAUUAAAGAGCUGGUCAGCUGCUGUCGGAGAAAGCCAUUCGCACUGGUCUGUGGCUCAGCUGAGUUCAGCAAGGACAUAGCCAGGUGCUUACUGUGCGCAGGCCUCACUGAGGACUCCUAUUUCCUCUUCUAGCCCUGGCCUCCCUUCCAAAGCCUAGGCUACUGGGACCCAGGAAGGAGCACAGACUGGAAUCAGAAGACAUGGAGUCCAGGCCUGGUCCUGCUGCUCAUUUGCCAGGUGACCUUGGGCAAGUGUCUUUACUGCUCAGAACCUCCACUUCUCAUCUGCCCCAUGAGGUUAAUCACUCCUCUGGCCUCCUACUAUGUGGAAGGAGGACAGGCUGUAGGGACCCUGAGGAAGCGAGCAACCAGCCUGGGAGUCAGGGAAGACUCCUCAGAGGAAGCCAAGUCCAGGCUGAGCCCCAGGAGGAGUAGGAGGUGGGCAGGGGAAGAUUCAGGAGGAGCUUCCUGGCCCCUCCGAUUAGAGGAUCUAAUGGGGGCUCCAGCUGCGGCCUCAGCACCAUCUCAGAUUAGGGGCUCCUGAGUGUGUAGGGAAGGACACAGGAGAGGCUAAGCGCUCUUCGGAGGAGAAUUCUACCUUUCCUCCUGUGCCAUGAGCCUGACACAUGAAGGUCUUGGGUUCUGUGACUUCACCAUGUCCUGAGAGCAAGGUGGGGCCCUGGACUGUCUUUGUAUUGGCCCCAAGCCUUUCCUGCUGUGAACAGCUUCAUUCUCAGUCCCCUUUCCUGGCUCAAGAAUUGAGCCUAGCAAAAGAAGAGGCACGGGAAGGAAAUGCCCCUCCCUCCUUCUGCAGGCAGCCACGCAGCCCGUGCCUUCAGCUCGGUGCCCUGGUGACAGUUGCUAUGGAGAUCUAAAGAUAGAGCAGGAGUCAGGAGACCUGGGUCCCUCUGGCAGCUUGUCCCACUGAGUGGCUGCCGAUCCCAGUCCACCCACCCCAGGAACCCGGCACCCCCAUCCCAGGAACCCAGUGCCCCUGGGCAGCGCACUGCAGUUAAUGAAUUCUGCUUUCCACAGCCUGGGCUCCAGCAUGCUGCACCAGCUUGGGCUAACUACAGGCAGUCCCAGAAUUGGAAUACUAAGCCAUGGAAUCUUGGAGUUAGACUUUUAUAGUCAUAGAAGUGUACUCCUCACCAUAUCAAAGCUGAAAGUUCAGGACUCUAAGAAACAUAGACAGACUUAUCGUAUACACGGGAAACUGAAGCCCAAUGAGACUAAAUGACUUGCCCAGGGUAAAACAGUCCAUGGCAGAGCCAGCACUAGAAGCCUCCUAGCUUCAACCUCAUGUGCCAGUUCGGCACCAGUGGUUUUCAAACUGCGCUCCACAGGAAACAAGCGUUCUUUGCAUAGCAGCAGUGAAAGGACAGCUCCAGAUGGAUCCCCAGACCCCCCUUCAACCAGAGCAGUUCCAUUUUCAUCCCAUUUGUAUAUUGGGGUUUCGAAGUAUUUUUAUUUGUAGAAAAGGAUUUUCCUAUCCUGCUCAGAAAAAUGGCAACAAAUCUCUCUGCUGUGUCACAUUUAGUAAAUAAUUGUGACACACAGCUGGGGGAUAGUGCCGGAGGUUUCAAACUGCUUCACAGGCAGAGUUCCAGGGUCAGAGAGCUGGAGUGCUGUGUGUGACCUUCUCCCAGAAGCGUGGGCACAGGAGCGUGUUAAAGGCCUGAAAAGACCAGUGGCAAAGAAACUCCUUUCAUUUUGUCUAACCCAGAGUUUCUCAAGCUUAUUUAACUAUAGAACACUUUUCUAUGGGUUUCGUAGCCUCUUUCUAGCACAGCAUAAUGAGUGGGAAAGGCCCUGACUGAGAGUCAAAGAUUCUGAGCAGGAACCGUGAUCUCUUCCUGCCUAGCCUGUGACUUGAGCAAGACACUUUUCCUCUCUCCAGACCUCUGAGGUCUGCGAUUUUCCCUCCACCCUUUCCUCUCCCUCAGUUUGCACAUCCUAUUGACUCAGCUGCAAAUAGCGGGGGCCUGUCAGGAGCCCGACUCUGUUCAGACACCAGGGAAACAACAGCACACCAGGCAGAUGCAGUUAUGUCCAGUGGGGAACUUACAGCCUAGCAAGGAAGGCAGAAAUUCAACCUGUAAUUCUAAAAGGGAUAGAUGUCAUGGAAAGGGAAGUGUGGAGUGCUGGGAGAGUGGAUGGCAGGGGCUUUAGCCCAGUCUAGAAAAAGGCCAGGGGCACACCACUGCCACCAGGGAUAGAGGCUUCAAAAGCUUCCAAGUCACUCAUAGUAAGAGUGUUGCCGGGCCUGGUGGCUCACACCUAUAAUCCCAGCACUUUGGGAGGCUGUGGCAGGUGGAUUGCCUGAGCCCAGAAGUUUGAGGCCACCCUGGCCAACAUGACAAAACCCUGUCUCUACAAAAAAAAAAAGAUUAGCCCGGUGUGGUGGUAUGCCCUAUAGUCCCAGCUACUUUGGAGGCUGAGGUGGGAGUAUUGCUUGAGCCAAGGAGGUCAAGGCUGCAAUGACCGUGAUUGAGCCACUGCACUCCAGUCUGUGUGACAAAGCAAGACCCUGUCUCAAAAUAAUAAUAAAAUCAAAAAGAGUGUUAAGGGGGUCUCCACUUAAGGAGUAGAGAGUUGGAGGCAGUUCUAUUAUCUCUGUCCUUGUCUUGUUUUAGAUGUAUGAUGUUUAGAUAUUAGACAAGGCCGCCCAGUGGUAACCAACCUAGAAUGUGUUGGCCUCCUCUUCCCCUCACUCCGUGUAGGUUCUGUGCAGCCUGGCUGCUGGUGGGAUCUCUUAUCAUGGGACAUUGGUGAGGACCCAGCCAUGCCCUUGGUGCCAAGAAGCCUAAAGGGCUCCUGUCACCUGGAAACCUGAGAGUGCGGGGCCGGGUGCUGUGCCCCACAGGGUGCUGAGCAAGCCCAAGAAGAAGAGUGUGGGGUGUGGUGUGUGAAUUCAGACCUCUCAGAGCUGGGGGUGGUUCCCGUCAGCUGCUGUUCCUUUGAUGAUGCCCACUGCGUGUUGUGGGAGGCGUGACCACUGUGCACGUGAGAGAAGGGAGACUUAGGAGCUAAACAUGAUACACAGGCAUCAAGAGGUCAACCAGGUGUCCGCAAUCUGUGAGCCAGACACAGCUCUCUUUGUGCAUGCAUCCCAAGCUUCAGGAAGGCAACAGCUACUAGAGGGCCUGGGGACAGAUUCUUGUUAGCAGAAGUGGCGAUGACUUUAGCUCAGCCCUCACCAUGUUUACCAGCGUCGCCUCUGCGUU